AUGAUUUACAAGGGCGGCAAUAAAAAGAAUUUAAGGGAUGACCCGCGCGUAAAAAUGGCGGCCGCGGGGUGGUUCGGUGUCAUAAAGAAGAGGGAUGUUGCCGCAGCCGGAUUCAACGGCCGAGCGGAACUAGCCGAAGGCGGGUUCCGUGUUGGAGUUUUGCAAUUUGAGAGACCAUCGGCUGUAAGGGAAAAAUUGUUUCUUCCCAUAAUAAUG